AUGAACAUCGGAGGGCUCUGGGACCAGCUGGUGGAUGCCGUGUGCCGGCCGCCACGGGACGACGGCUACGCCGAGGCAGACUUGGUGGGCGGGCGUCGCGCUAGCUUCAGGCUGUACGACCGGCGCUACUAUCGCCUGGAUGUGACCCUGGAGAACAACCGCGGGCAGAAGCUGCAGUGCAGCCACUACCGCCCCUGCGUGGUUACCUCCUCCGAUGGCCGCCUGCCCUGUGUCAUCUACUGCCACUGCAACAGCGGCAGCCGGCGCGACGCCGAGGAGAUUCUGUACCACAUGCUGCCCAAGGGCGUCACCGUCUUUGCCUUUGACUUUGCGGGCUCGGGCCUGUCGGAUGGCGGCUACGUGACGCUGGGGGCGCUAGAAGUGGAUGACCUGGCAGCGGUGGUGCAGUACCUGCGGGAAGAAGGCAGCACCAGCACGAUUGGGCUCUGGGGGCGCUCCAUGGGGGCUGUUACCGCGCUGCUGUACAGCCAGCAGGACCCCUCCAUCGCCGGCAUGGUGCUGGACAGCCCCUUCUCUCGACUGGUGGACCUGAUGAUGGAGCUGGCCACCGACCAGCAGCUACGCAUACCCAAGCCCCUGCUCAAGGUGGCACUGGCGAUGCUGAAGCGCAGCGUGCGUAAGCGGGCCUGCUUCUCGGUGGACAAGGCAAGCCUGGUGGCGCCGCUGGACUGCGUGAACGGCUCCUUCAUACCCGCCCUCUUUGGCCACGCCAGCGACGACACCUUUGUGCACAAGCACCACAGCGAGCGGCUGUUCCAGGCGUAUGCCGGGGACAAGAAUUUUGUAUCUUUCGAGGGAGACCACAACUCAGUGCGCCCCGACUUCUUUUACGACUCCGCCCUCAUCUUCCUGGUGCAAGCGCUGCGCGUGGAGGAGCUGGUGGGGCCGUCGCUGGACCUGCAGGCGCUGCCGGAGGACGCCCUGCCGCACCUGCGUGCGCCGCACACCAGCAUCUACGUGACGGCCUCCCGCAACCUGGCCGCCGCCGAGCUGGACGCCGCGCUGGCCGAGGCCGGCAGCGGCGGCAGCAGCCCCGCCUCCUCGCCGCGCUCGGGUGCCAGCCUGUCCCGCACACUGUCUCACCUGUCCCGCUCCGGCAUGUCGCGCACGCUGAGCCCGCCCUGGGCGCUGGAACACCUGCGCAGCCAGCCGUCGGCCCGCCGCACGCCGGACCAGCUGGCUGCCUCGCUGCACGCGCUGCAGCAGGGGCAGGGGCAGGGGCAGGGCGCCGACGGCGGGGAUGCUGCGCAUCAGCAGGAUGGCGGCGCUGACUUGGCUGCGGACCUUGGGGCAUUCAGCCUGAAUGAGGAUGAGGCGCUGCAGAUGGCACUAGAGGCCUCGCUGCAGGACGCCCGCCAGCAGGCGCAGCAGGCCAAGGCACCAGAGCAGCAGCAGGGGGUGGCAGAUCACGGGGAGGCAGGUGCAGCAGCAGCUGGCGGCCAGGCGCCGGCCGCGCUGGUGUACGGCACGCAGCAGGUGCAGCAGCAGCAGGAGCAGGAAGCAACAGAGCAGGAGGCAGCAGAGCAGGCAGCAGCGAGGCGAGAUGCGGCGCCCUCGCUGCACACGCGAUACAAUCCGGCUUUUGCCAGCAGCGGUGGCGAGGGCGCUCGCAACCCUCUGUACAGCCGCAGCGCCGCCGCCGAGGUGCCGCACUCCAUAGAUGAGGAGCAGGCCAUGCUGGAAGCAGCCAUGGCGGCCUCCCUGGCGCCAGCCCAGCAGGGCACGCCAGCAGCGGCCGGGGAAGCAAGGGACGGCUCUCAGCCGAGCGGCGGCGCGAUUGAGGGGGGCGGCAGCAGUGAGACGGAGCUUCGCUACUACUAUGGAAGUGCCAAGCGCCAAGCAGCAGCUGGGGCAGGUGCAGCGGCGGAGGAGGAACAGCAGCAGGCUGGAGGGGUGGGCGAGGAGCGAGAGGCGGUGCCGGCGGAACGAGCGGCGGGCCUGGCGCCGCAGGCGAGCGCGGAUGCGCACGCGGGCAGCGAGGCGGCGGCGGUGCGCGCGCCCUCGCUGCAGCUGCAGCACGCGCUGAGCGAUGCGGCGGCGGCGGCGCUGGCAGCAGGCGGCGCUGGAGACGGCGCGGAAGCAGGGCAGGAUGGCGGGGAGCGGAGCGGUCCCUAG